GGCCCGCUGCUCAAUCCAAGCAAUUGUCAGUCUGGCUGGCCUCCUUGCCACACAGCCUCGCCGACUCGACCCAAUCGCGGACCGACUGAUAGCCGCACUGUUGGCCCGAGCAGGCACUGGGGACGCAAGCACCGCUUUUCUUCGUGCCGAUGCCCUGGCCGGCCUGCACUACCUUCUUGGCCACGUGUCACCAGCUCGCGCCCUACUUGCGUUGACCAGCCAGUUUUCCAGCGGUCAGGUGGUUCAGAGGAGCCCUCUUGGCCGCCGGGUGGUUGCCGAGUGUCUGGCCGGACUGGUUCCCAGUUGGCUACGCCUGGCCGUCAAGGUUACAGGCACCAAUGAGCCGUUGCGACAGAGCUCGAUGAGGCAUCACAACAACUCAGGAGGUGGGGGUACCGCUGCUGUGUCAAAUGGAAGCAUUGACACGCCUCAAGGACUAACGACGACAAGUUUACGUCUUUGCUUGAAUCCAACUCAUCGAGAGUGUCUUGAGAAGCUGGUCAAGGCGGCAGCCCUCUUCCUUGUGGACGGUGCUUCGGAGACUCGGUAA